GAGUUCUUCAGAUAUAGUUGAGUAACUUGAUCUAGUUGGAGGCUGUUGAUCUAGUUGACCUGCUAUUUGUUGAAGGAGACUGUUGUGUCCAUGAAGGAGUGAGACGGAGGAGCAUUAUGAUACGAUGUUGAUCAGACUAACUGGGCUGCAAUCUAUCUCUCUACUGGCCUGGCUGAUCACACUAACAAACAGUGUGGAGAUCAUAGAUCCAGGCCAGGUGGUGUAUGUUGACUCAGGUCUGGAUGGAGUGGUGGGUAAAGCCGUGAUCCUGGAGUGUGGAUCAACCAGACCCGAUGUUUACAUCUGGGGGUUCACACAACCUGGAACCGACGCCAUCAAAGCUGUGGUCUACGACUUUGGAAAAGGCCCUAAGCUGCAGAAGCUGGCCCAGAGUCUAGGAGACAUUCAGGUGAUCUCUGGCGCUGCCUCUCUGAGUAUAGAGCGCCUCCCAUUGGCUGCUGAGGGCCUCUACACCUGCCAGGCUCUCUACGACACAGAUCAGGGAGCCAAGCUAUACUACUACUACAUACACCUACGGGUACUGGUCCCAGUCAGCAAGCCCUAUAUUCUGCUGAGUGAUGCGUCUCCGGCAGAGGGAUCUUUGGUGUGGCUGCGCUGCGGCCUGGAGAACGGCACUGAGCCGCUUUACUUUCUUUGGGAGUAUGAGACUUACAGCGGAUUGGUCAGCAUCAUCUCCGAGGGCAACAACAGCAUGUUCAACAUGGCAGAAGUCAACCGUAACAACACAGGCUGGUACCAAUGUUGGGCCCGGAACCAGGUCAACCAGGAACGGUCCGACCGCGUACGGCUGGACAUCAUCUUCGGUCCUGAUAUUCCCCAGAUCGACGUGACUCCCUACAGUAUAACAGACAGAGGAUACUAUGUUAAGGAGAGACAGACGGUCUCUCUGCUCUGCCAGGCCCAGUCUAACCCUCCCAGUCAAUAUGUUUGGUUCUACAAUGACAGCCAGGUGUACACGGGACCCAAGUUCACCAUCACUAGGAUUCUGCGGAUGCACACAGGUACCUACGCUUGCCAGUCUCAGAACACGUACCUCAACACCCGCUCUUUCAAGACCAUCAACCUCACUGUCUACUACCCUCCAGAUGGUUCCCCCUCCUGCUCUGUUCUGCCAGCAAUGAACUACUCCUCCCUCAACCUGACCUGUUCAUGGCCGGGGGGCCUGCCCCCCCCUUCACUACGCUGGACCACAAACCUUCUGGCACAGGGAGGGGCGUGGCUUGGGGGUGAAGGGGCAUGGCCAGCCAACAAUGUCUCCGUACUGCAGUCUGGAUCCCAGGCCUCCAACAACUCUCUGUUCACCUGCCUGGGGAUACACCCUGCUCUUAACACCUCCACACAAUGCACUGCACGGGCCUGGUCUCCUUAUGGUGAGCCAGUGUGUUCUGCUUAUGGCACCGGUAAGAAUCAAUACCUGCUGCUGUCCUGCUCCUGGGAAGGUGGGUCUCCCAGGGCUGUGGUGUGGUGGGAGGUGCCUAAAGAAGAGGGGAGGGGCCAAGAAGUGGAGACUUCCAAGAUCCUGGUACUUCGUUCUAACUCCACCCAGAAUGGACAGGCCUACACCUGCUACGGAAAACACCCCCUAGAAACACACAUCAGGACCUGCAGCCUUGUCCCGGUCAGUAAGCCCAAUAUUCUGCUGAGUGAUGCGUCCCCAGCGGAAGGAUCUUCGGUGUGGCUGCGCUGCGGCCUGGAGAAUGGUACUGAGCCGCUUUUCUUCAUGUGGGAGCAUGAGACUUACAAUGGAUUGGUCAGCACCAUCUCCCAGGGCAACAGACGUGUGUUCAACAUGACAGAAGUCACCCGUAACCAAACAGGCUGGUACCGUUGUGGGGCCCGGAACCAGGUCAACCAGGAACGGUCUGACCGCAUCUGGCUGGACAUCAUCUUCGGUCCUGAUAUUCCCCAGAUAGAUGUGACUCCCUACAGUAUAACAGACAGAGGAUACUCUGCUCGGGAGAGACAGACGGUCUCUCUGCUCUGCCAGGCCCAGUCCAACCCACCCAGUCAAUAUGUCUGGUUCUACAACAACAGCCAGGUGUACACGGGACCCCAGUUCACCAUCACUAGGAUUCUGCGGAUGCGCACGGGUACCUAUGCCUGUCAGGCUCAGAACACACACCUCAACACCCGCUCUCUCAAGACCAUCAACCUCACUGUUUACUACCCUCCAGAUGGUUCCCCCUCCUGCUCUGUUCUGCCAGCAAUGAACUACUCCUCCCUCAACCUGACCUGUUCAUGGCCGGGGGGGCUGCCCCCACCUUCACUACGCUGGACCACAAACCUUCUGGCACAGGGAGGGGUGUGGCUUGGGGGUGAAGGGGCAUGGCCAGCCAACAAUGUCUCCGUACUGCAAUCUGGAUCCCAGACCUCCAACAACUCUCUGUUCACCUGCCUGGGGAUACACCCUGCUCUCAACACCUCCACACAAUGCACUGCACGGGCUUGGUCUCCGUAUGGUGAGCCAGUGUGUUCUGCUUAUGCCACCGGGAUGAACCAGUACCUGCUGCUGUCCUGCUCCUGGGAAGGUGGGUCUCCCAGGGCUGUGGUGUGGUGGGAGGUGCCUAAAGAAGAGGGGAGGGGCCAAGAAGUGGAGACUUCCAAGAUCCUGGUACUUCGUUCUAACUCCACCCAGAAUGGACAGGCCUACACCUGUUAUGCCAAACACCCACUGGACACACACACCAGGACCUGCAGCCUUGUCCCGGUCAGUAAGCCCUAUAUUCUGCUGAGUGACGCAUCCCCUGCGGAGGGAUCUUCGGUGUGGCUGCGCUGCGGCCUGGAGAGCGGUACUGGGCCACUUUACUUCAUGUGGGAGCAUGAGCCAUACAGUGGAUUGGUCAACACCGUCUCCCAGGGCAACAGCAGCGUGUUCAACAUGACAGAAGUCAACCGUAACCACACAGGCUGGUACCGUUGUGGGGCCCGGAACCAGGUCAACCAGGAACGGUCCGACCGCAUCUGGCUAGACAUCAUCUUCGGUCCUGAUAUUCCCCAGAUAGAUGUGACUCCCUACAGUAUAACAGACAGAGGAUACUCUGCUCAGGAGAGACAGACGGUCUCUCUGCUCUGCCAGGCCCAGUCCAACCCACCCAGUCAAUAUGUCUGGUUCUACAACAACAGCCAGGUGUACACGGGAUCCCAGUUCACUAUCCCUUGGAUUAUGCGGAUGAACACAGGUACCUAUGCCUGUCUGGCUCAGAACACAUACCUCAAAACCCGCACUCGCAAGACCAUCAGCCUCACCGUCUUCUACCCUCCAGAUGGUUCCCCCUCCUGCUCUGUUCUGCCAGCAAUGAACUACUCCUCCCUCAACCUGACCUGUUCAUGGCCAGGGGGCCUGCCCUCCCCUUCACUACGCUGGACCACAAACCUUCUGUCCCUGGCACAGGGAGGGGCGUGGCCAGCCAACAAUGUCUCCGUACUGCAGUCUGGAUCCCAGACCUCCAACAACUCUCUGUUCACCUGCCUGGGGAUGCACCCUGCUCUCAACACCUCCACACAAUGCACUGCACGGGCCUGGUCUCCUUAUAGUGAGCCAGUGUGUUCUGCUUAUGCCACCGGUAAGAACCAAUACCUGCUGCUGUCCUGCUCCUGGGAAGGUGGGUCUCCCAGGUCCAUAGUGUGGUGGGAGGGGCCUAAAGGAGAGGGCAGGGGCCAAGGAGUGGAGACCUCUAAUAUCCUGGUACUUCGUUCUAACUCCACCCAGAACGGACAGGCCUACACCUGCUACGCCAAACACCCCCUGGACACACACACCAGGACUUGCAGCCUUAGACUGGAGGCUCCAGUCUUGUUGACCCAGCGUAGUGUGGUGUCUGUGUUUGAGGGCAGUGAUGUCCAGCUCACCUGUAUCCUGCAAGCUAACUAUCCUCCGGUCAAUCAGAUUGUCUGGUUCAACAACCGCAGACAGGAAGUCAUACAGGAAGUCCAGGAAGCCCUGGCCACAACCAGGAAGUAUGUGCUGCGUCGCGCAGCUGCGUGGACCAACCUGACGGUGCUAGAGACGGAUGGAACAACAGACAACGGCCAAUACUGGUGCUCCGCUAGCAACGCUGUGGGAGGGACUGAGAUCCCUGUUACGCUACUGGUCAAGAGAUACCCCAUGCCUCCCAAUGUGACCCUGGUAAGGCUGGUUUACAGCAGUCGGCAGCGCAGAGAGGUGGAGCUGGAGUGGCAGAUGGAGGGAGAGGGAGAAGGAGGAGAGGGAGGAGGGCUGACUGGAUUUAUACUUGAGCGCAGACUAGAGGAGGCACCAGGGAGAAGGAGAGGAGAGGAGGAAAAAGAGAAGGACAGAGAGGAGGCUGGUGCAGAUCCUGCUGAUCAAGAGGAGCAGCGACAGGAAAAAAGGAGUAGUUUCUCUCCAUGGAAACAGGUGGCAGUAUUGGAACCCAGGGAGAGAGUCCACACGCUGGGCAACAUGACCCCAACAGAUACCUACCAGAUACGCAUCACAGCUGUCAAUCACAGAACACUCGGACACCCCUCCCCCCCAGAAACACCAGCGGACCCUCCCUUCAGUGCGUACCCUGCUGUGAUUGGAGCUGCCAUUGGAGGGAUGCUCAUCACGACCAUAGCAACUGUUCUGCUGUUUAUGUACAUAUUCCGCAACUGCAACAACAACCCCAGACUCCAUGACAUGCUCUUUGGAAUGCAGCACAGCUGGUCCAGGGAGAACAUCAACCUCCCUGAUGAUGAGGUGAUGGGAGGAGUUGACGGAGAGGGAGGAGCUACAGAACAUUGCCCCUCCCCGAGCCCAGGUCACGUCCAUGUCCUCUCCUAGGGCUGCCUCCCCCGUCUCCCCUCCUCUAACUGCUGAGGACAACGAACCUGUCAACGUCAUCAUCACCGUCAUGGCAACGGGCUGAAGAUCACACACACAUCCAUACAUACUGGAUAAUGCUGUGUUCAUAACAAGUGGAAACUCUGUAAAUACAAUUUGUAUUAAAAGUACAGCUGUCAUGCUCAAAAACA